CCCUCCUGAGCUCCAGCACCAGUUGUUGGCCAAAAAUAAACCCCAUUCCUCAACCAUAUAUGUCCACCGGGCUCGGGGCGGGGAGGGGCGGCGCAGGCCGGGCAGAGGCGGCCGGGCGCACGCGGCGGGGCCACCGCGCGCCAUGCACAUCACCCAGCUCAACCGGGAGUGCCUGCUGCACCUCUUCUCCUUCCUGGACCGGGACAGCAGGAAGAGCCUGGCCGGGACCUGCACCCAGCUCCGCGCCGUCUUCCAGGACCCCGCGCUCUGGCCGCGCCUGCACUUCCGCUCGCUCGCCGAGCUCACCAAGGACAACUUCCUGCUGGGCCCGGCGCUGCGCUGCCUGUCCAUCCGCUGGCACUCGAGCCGCGUGCGGGUGUGCAGCGUGGAGGACUGGCUCAAGAGCGCCCUCCAGAGGAGCCUGUGCAGCCGGCACGAGCGCCUCGUCAGCGACUUCCUCCUCCAGGUGGGCGACAGGUGCCCCAACCUGGCGUCCGUCACCCUGUCGGGCUGCGGACACGUCACGGACGACUGCCUGGCGCGCCUGCUGCGCUGCUGCCCGCGCCUGCGCACGCUGCGCCUGGAGAACUGCGCACGCGUCACCAACCGCACGCUGGCGGCCGUGGCGGCGCACGGGCGCGCGCUGCAGACGCUGCACGUGGACUUCUGCCGGAACGUGAGCGCCGCGGGCCUGGGGCGCCUGCGCGCCGCCCGCCCGCGCCUGGCCCUGCGCGCCGAGCACAGCGCGGCCAUGCUCCCCGACCAGGCCCCGCGCGCGCCCGCGCCGGAGCUCGCGCCCGCCGCGCUCCGCAAGCUGCGGCUGUGUUGACUGUCGUCGACGGCCCGGCCCGCAGCGCCUCCCCUCCGGCGGCUCCGCCCCCCCGCCCGCCCUCCCGGCCCCGG